AAAACAUUCACGUAUAGACUUCGGCAUUACGAGUACACGUUUCGAGUAGUACAAAGUCUUCUGAAAAUCUUUUGUUGUGUAAGUAUUUAUUGAAAUUCGACUUUCUGAAAGUGUUUAUUGAUUCUGAAGUUGGUGAGACACAGUUUAAAAGUACAAGUGUUAACAUUUUGUGGAAAUCUGCAAUUAUGUAUAGCUACAAAUUGGACUUUUCAAAUAUAGAUGAAACUAUCAGCUAAAAAUGGAUUAUCGGAAGAAGUUGUUGCUGCAAAGCAACAGGACGGCCAUCUUACAGGACCUGGAGGUGGCCGACGUCAUCGACCAGCUGCUUACUAGUGGCACAAUCACGGUGGACGAUAUGGAACUAAUGGAAACUUUGCCAAGCCGCAUAGAAAAAACAAAACAUUUAUUGGAUCUCAUAGAGAACAGCACUGACAAUGCUUUUCAGGCGUUUUUGGACUGUUUGAAGAAGGACUACGAAUGGCUAUGGACCCUACUGUCAGGGGACACCAAUACCGACGUCCUAAACACCAGUAUCGAAGAUAACCUUAGUAAGGGAGAUGUGCCGAGAUUACCGCAGUAUUAUGUGCGCAGACCUUUAGUGGAAAAAAACGUAUUACACGACUUAAAGAAACUGUCACGUCACAAAGCCUUAGUCCUACUUGGCACCAUAGGUUCGGGGAAGACAACCAUAGCCAUCAGUGUUAUCAGAAACAACCCAGAUUUAGUUAGCGACAGCUUCAACGGAAAAGUAUUCUGGCUGAAUUGUAGUAAUUGCAAAAAUGAUUACGAUAUUACAGCUUUGCAGAACAAAUUACAACGCAAAACAUCACUUCCUUCUUAUAGCCUUAAUUCGUCGAUAUCUAUACCCAGUAUUAGCUCAAUAGGCGAUACCUCCAUAUCCGGCUACGAAAGGUCCUGGGAAGAAUCGAGGGAUGUGCUCAAAGAAAUAUUCAGUAAUCCAGUACUGAGCGGGUCAUUGCUUGUUCUGGAUGAAGUGAACGAACGCGGGUGUGUUGACGCGUUCGAUAUUGGAUGUAAAAUUCUCAUCACUACAAGGGAAAAGAGUGUCUAUGGGAACCUUGAUGCUGAAGUUAUUAGUAUUGAUAACCAUCUAAACGACAAUGAAAUCCUCGCCCUUUUCGCCAGCUGCCUCAGGGUUCCCGUUACACAACUGCCAAGACAGGCUAAAAAGUUACAAGAGGCGUGCAAAGGGAAGAGUCCAUUCCAUUUGGCACUAAUUGGUGCCCAAUUAGCCGAAAAUAGAGAGAGUUUGACUGACACUGGAACGCCCUUAUGGAAGCACUAUAUAAAUAAUAUUGAGAAGAAAACUUUCUUUUCGAUUUUCAAUAAUGAGAAACCCCAAAAACCGGAGAAAGUAAUGAAGUUCUGUUUGAGCUCAUUGGAAAAUGAUACUUUUAAUCUGUUCAAAAUGUUGACAAUAUUACCCGAUAACACCAAAGUAUCGGCUAAAGUACUGAGCAAACUGUGGCACCGAAAUGAAAUAGAGGUGCAAUCUAUAUUGAGGAAACUGAAAAACAAAUCUUUAAUCAAUGAAUGUUAUGAUAAAGACCACAAGGUGUAUAAAUAUGAAACGCAUGAGAUUAUCCUGGAUUAUUUGAAAGGUUGUUCGACAGAUGAGGAAAAACACAAGUGGCAUAGUGACUUUUUGAAGAGUUACCAAUACAAUAACCCUAGUGAUACAACUGUGGAUAUAGUAGAUGAUGGGUAUAUAGCCUUCUUUAUUGGCUAUCACUUGGAAAACACACAUAAUGUCGAUGACAACUAUGCAUUGUUUAAUAGGUUGUUUUUAGAUUUGAGGUUCCUUGGCAAUAAAGUGAGACUGACUGGUCAGGCCGAUGUGAUAUAUGAUUUGCAGAAUUACGAAAACUAUAUUGUAGCACAUCCGUUGGACAAAGAUCUUCUCAUCUCCAUAGUGGCGUUUCUCAAAACAUAUGGUACAGAUCUCUACCGCUACCAAUGCACGGAUAUCAUUCAAAGCAUCCUUCAACACGAGACUAAAGGAGUGCUUUACAAGAAAGCAUAUGAUGUGGCUCAAGAAAACGUUAAUACUGAUGAAUUGUACUUUGAUUUUUCGGACCGAUGUUGUGUGCACACCCCAUCGUAUAAAAAGCAGGGUCACACAGUACUGUUUCGCAGAGGCUGUCACGAACACAACAUAGAAGAAAUAAUACCGUCCACGAUUGAUGUCAAAGAAACCAUCACAUCCUGUUGUUUUCAAUAUGAUUAUGUUCUAAUUGGUACGCAGAAGGGAAAUGUAAAGAUUUUCUACUUAAACUCAAAUAAAUUAAAAGGCGAAAUAGCAGCCGCUCGGUGUCCAAUAAAAUGGAUCGGCGCCUGUCCCAUUAAGCCUUCUAAAGUGGCCGUUCUGUCGUCCGAUGGUGAUAUACAGCUGUGGACUAUCAAAGAAGAGGACACCUGUACUAUUGAAGAAGAAUCUGAAGAACACCAGUCAUACACACCAUCUCUUAACAGUAGCAUACAAAUCAACCCAUCUAUCCGGCCUUGCGUCCACGCUCGCUGGGCUGAAACUGACAAUAUAAUACUCACCCAAACAAAUAGAACUAUAGCUCUAAAUAAUACUGACGGACAGCUAAUACAACUUAUAGAUGUAGAUAGAAACGAUGGUGUGAUCUGCUGUAGUAUCUUCAGUGAUAAGUUUAUUGUGGCUGCGGUGAAUAAUAAUGGUGCUCACAGUGUACUGCUUAUUGAUAACAUUACUCAGAAACAAGCGAUGUCGAUUGAUGAGACUGAUAGGAUUAUAAAUCUAAUUGUUGUACCUGGAACCAAUAAAAUUAUAACGCUCAAGGAUAAAGAAGUGACGCAACAUAAUUUAAAGAUUAACUACUCGAACUUUCAAAAUAGGUUCAUUUGUAAGAGCGAGAAAGUGAUAUCGAGCGAUGACAUAAAGGAAAAGCUGACGUUCUUGUCUAUGGCCGUCAAUAAGUCGGGCACGAUGCUUUUCGUGUCUACUUGCGAUCAACGAGUUAAAUGCAUUGAUUUGAACACCAAUAGGGCUUUUGAUAUUGAAAACAGGAGAGGCAACGUGAUUACAAUGGACGUCAGUGAGAUUCAAGCGGACGAUGACUUCCUACCGGGAGUGGACGUGUUGCUCACUGGAACAGGAGGCGUGGAGAACUCCGCCAAGGUCUGGUUCCUGGACGCCUCAUACGUGUCCUUGAAGAGGCAGCAGAUUGAAAACGUACGCCUAACGAAGCGAUUCGACGUCAGUUUCGCCAACACAUUAUCGCCUAUAACACCCACACUUACCUCCGAAUCCAUCAGCAAUUGUACCACCCCCCGGAGGAACCAGUCGUUCGCCGAACGAACUGAGCCUGUGAAGAAACCUGCCACCAAAGCACUGAGUCUAGACCGCUUUUCCUUGAAACUUAAUUUGAAAGGCGCUUGUAAUAAUAAUGAUGGGGUACAACAACCUUUGUUAGCUGUGGUGGACGAUACUAAUAAUAUACAGCUCAUGCGUGGCCGAAAACUUCUAACAAAGAUACCCACCAACGCCGACGACCAAGUAAACGUGGUGACAAUUUUCCCUUGCAACCAAUACAUCAUAUACGGCCUUCGUUCCGGCCACGUUAUAAAAUACACAGUUAGAACCAAAGAGAAAAGACUGAUAAUGGAUCUGGGAAGUCCUAUACAGUAUCUGAAUUUUGUUAAGUCAAAUCUAUUGAUAGUUGCGGGGGAGAAUAGGUGCAUCAUGGCGUAUGAGAUGUUGCACGACGGAGCGUGGGAGUCCAAGAUGAUGCAGAAGGGAAGUUGCCUUUUGGGAUCAACGGAGAUGUUGAACGAUUUACAAGGUGUUAAGAAGAAAAACGGGCACUCAGACAGUUUUUCAGACAGUGGCAGUACAUCGACACUAAGCGACAGUAGCACACUAGUCGAUUCCUUCUGGAUACCCGACGUAGGACUCAUCACGGUGGAGAUCAACGCAGUCGUCAAACUGUGGGACAAGACUUUGAAGUUGGAUAGCGUACUGAACGCCACACAUCCGAAGAAGGACGGCGUGCGAGCAACUUGUGCUGCUUGCAAGAAGAGUAUACUCGUCAUAUGCGAUGCUGCCACUUCGUCUUUCCAGGUGUUCCACAUGGUGAAAGAGGAUGGAAAACUGAAACUGACAUCGAAAGGUUACCAGCAAGCGAGCAGCGCUAUCUCCGCUUGUGAGCUCUGCGCAGACGGCAGCAAGCUGGCGCUCGGCACGGACUCGGGCGCUAUUGAAAUCUGGAACGUGUCUAAUCGCAACACCAGAGUAACUGUACUCCGCCACCACAAAUCUCGUGUGUCCAGCGUUGCGUUCUCUCCAGUACCCGAGCGUUCGUAUCGGAGCUCGGUGCUGCGGUCGCCGUCUAUCCCGCAUCCCCAGCCUCAAUUCCCGGCCAAUGAGGAGCCACCGUUAGUGUUGGUCUCCAUGGCCGCUGAGAUCGUGUGGUGGAACGUCAGCUUUAUACUCACCCAGCCUACUAAUAGAAACUCUAACGUGGUAUCUCCGCUGCUGUCACCGAUUGACAACAGAAGCGACACAGUAUCUGCUUCUUCGAACAACAACAAUAUCUCACAAAAUAUUUUCUUCGGCAAUGGAUGUCUCAAUACUUACGAUUGCUGGAAAUCUAUCUGGAAGCGAAAAAGAUGCAAAAAAGGUUCGAAACGCCAAGAGAUCUUGGCGUGCAUAAAACUUUCAGGUAUGAACGCCAAACGAUUAAUACAUAACGAAGAAUUCUCGUGUUUCGUGACUGUCGACAAUUCCGGCCACAUCCACAUCAUGAACGUGAUGCAACCGAACACGUAACACUGUGCCAUUUUUGGUGCUUCACCUUAUAAGGUUACUAUAAGAACACUGCCCGCCUUACUAGUUACAUUCUCAUACGUUGUUAUAGGCUAUUUAUAUAUAGAAACGUUGUAUACACUUCUCUAUGGAGCGAUAAGUAUUGAAUGAUAAAAUAAGGGCAAGAUUUUGUAAUGAAUAAUGUUUUCUUAAAACAUAUCGUUCUUAAAUUAAAAUCUUAUACAACGUUUCAAUAUGUUUGUCCUGUAGCCAUUUUUAUGCCAUGUAAUGUAAAAUUUAGUUAAUCUGUCUCAUAUGGAUUUGUAAAGUAAGAAAAUGUGAUUUGUGCAAUGCAUUUCUAGACUAUGGAAGUGCAUAUUGAAAAACUUGUGAUUUUGUUAUCUAGCUGUAAGAUCAAAUUUAUGAACAAAUAUACUUACUUAAUCGAUAAGAUGAAGUCAAUUUUUUUUAAAACAAAUUCUUGCUUUAAUUCGUACGCGUUUUUCUAUGCUAAUUGAAAGUUUGAAUUUGAAUUUUAUAUUGCUUAAUUAUUUAUGAACGCUGUUCCGCAGAUAACUCUAUCUGUUAUUUAUAUAAACAUAUCGAGCCCAUUUAUAACAAUACAUUUAAUAACGAGAGGACGAAAAAUGCACAAUUAUGUGUCACGGUAUGAUUAUUUGAGAAUAAUGAGAUUAUAAUUUUUGACUAAAUUAAGAUCAACUAAAACCCAGUCACAAAGGUCCCUAAGGCCACAAUUUUUAUAUUUUUCAUGACUUUAGCAUACAUUAAGCUCAAACACCGUUUUUUAAUGUUUAUGGUCGGUUUUAAUGUAUUAAGUAAAUAUUUUUGUCAACCAACAACGAAUUAUUUGCUCACGUUUAUAACGUAAAUAUUUAUAAGAUAAAAUUGCACAAUUUUUGUAGUUGUUAAAGAAGUAUAUAAAAUAAUCGUGAUAUUGCUGAAAUUUUUAGCAAUAAUCUGAAUAUCGAUCUGAGGUUCUUCAACCUACAUGACACUUAUACAUGUAACUCGGUAAAUCUCUCUACUAUGACCCUCUUAUCUUAAUUUGCCUCAAUUUAACUUUUUCAAAAAUACAACUAGUUUUAUGUUAGUUUUGUCAAAAAGACUGAGACUGUCUGUCUUGGCCCAAUCACGCUGAUAGUAUUUUGUUGCAGUAUUUUUGUGCCUAUUACUAUUACUACUCCUAGAAAUGAAUUAUGGUUGUACUACACCAGCAUUUAUUUUGUUGUAUGUAAUCAUUAAAUCUUUUUUAUUUUUUAACUGUACACCCUUUCAGAAAUAAAUUUUAGAAAAUAGUAGUUACACUGGUAAAAACGCCGUAAAUGAAUGAAACAUAUUGGAAUAAAAAUUCAUUUGUAGUAUUUUUUUAAUUUUUGUUUCAUAUUAUUUUCUUUAUAGCAUUUACAACACUGCCCUUUGCAUUCAAUUUUGUACUCUCUGUGCUCGAAACAGUAUUUUAUAUUAUGGUAUAUCUGGUGCUUUUUUAUUGUUUUCUUUUACGAUUCUAUUUAAGAACUUACAUUUUUAUUGCGAGAUUGUAUUUUUAUUUUCCACUAAGUAUUUUUAUGGAGAUUUACACUAAGACCAAAUACCCAAUAAUUUAAUGAAUAUGUGCUAAGUAUUACUGUUUUUUAAUACGUUUUGAUAUAAGACUUGGUUGUUUAACUUUCAUAUAAUGUAUACAGUAUUUCUCCUAUCGUACAACUGGGCACUGAAAUUAAGUGUACUUUUGUUUCAUUUUUAACUGUUUAUGUAUUUUUUGCUUCGCCAUUAAGUAUAGUCCAAUGGAUCUCUAUUAUUGAUAUGUAAUGAUAAAGGAUAUAAUGGUGCUAUAUAUAAUGAUAUGAUAUAAAUGUUUAUGAAAAAAAUGUAUUAGCAUAAAAUAGCGCACAUAGUUUUGCGCAAUCUCUUGAUUAUCAAUCUCUACUAAAAAAAAUUAAAUAUUACAUCGUUAUUUAUGCGCAAUUUAAUUUAACUCUCUUCAGACAGUCCAAGGUUACAGCCAAUCGCGAUAAAAUUUAAAUUCAAUAAUUUUGCCAGGCCCCAACAAAGUCCAAGCCACUGUUACCUAUUUUGUUUUUCCACAUUACUCCUAAAACCAUUUGAUAGGUUAUUUACAUUUCAAAAAGAGAAAUUAAUUUUAUAUGACAGCUCACUUUUAGGAAAUACUGAUAGCCCAGUGGGCAAUAUGAAGAAUUAAUAAUUUUGUAAGUAAAUGCUCAAGUUUUGCAUUUCCUUGUACAUAUUUUAGUACAUUUUACUCUGUAUUGAUGAGUUUAUACCACAAUAUUAAAAUAAUUAGAAUAAUGUUUUAUCUGUAAUUUUUAAUUGUUAAUUAUAUAAAACUGAAAACUAUUUUUAGAUCAUUUAAAUAAUUAAUAU